UUGGAAUUUGGAAGGAGGGGUUAAUCCUCUGUGCUGCUAUCUGAAGUUUGAAUGCACUGAGUCUUUCUUUCUUCAUGAAGGACGUAACAUAACUGGCGAUAUGGCUGGAGGAUACUUCAUUCUGCUAUUGGUAAUGAUGAAUGUUUUGUCUUCAUUCCAAACUUCUAAUACAGUGAAUCCAUGCUGCUACUUUCCAUGCCAGCACAAAGGAGUGUGCGUGAGGUUUGAUCUAGACAAGUAUGAAUGUGACUGCACUCGGACUGGGUAUUAUGGAAGAAACUGCACGAUCCCUGAAUUAUGGUCUAGAAUUCAUGAAUUUCUGCGGCCAAGUCCAUCUUUUUAUCACUACAUAUUGACUCGGUUUAAAUGGAUUUGGGAUAUAGUGAAUGCAACAUUUAUCCGUAAUACAAUUGUAAAGCUAGUUCUAACAGUGCGUUCCAAUCUGAUACCCAGCCCUCCGACAUAUAAUUCAGCAUACGGUUACAUUAGCUGGGAAGCCUAUUCUAAUGUCAGCUAUUACACAAGAGUUCUUCCGCCUGUGCCAGAUGAUUGUCCUACCCCAAUGGGAACAAAAGGAAAGCUACACCUACCGGACGCCGCAUCACUGGUUGAGACCUUUCUUAAAAGAGAACAGUUCAUCCCAGACCCACAAGGCAGUAAUCUGAUGUUUUCUUUCUUUGCCCAACAUUUUACUCAUCAAUUUUUCAAGACAUAUGGGAGGAUGGGUAGAGGAUUCGUUAAAGGGUUCGGUCAUGGGGUUGACCUCAGUCAUGUAUAUGGAGAUUCUCUAGAGCGUCAGCACACACUUCGACUUUUUGAGGACGGGAAGCUGAAAUACCAGAUAAUAAAUGGAGAUAUGUAUCCACCAACAGUGGUCGAUGCUCCAGUUCACAUGAUCUACCCAAACAGCGUUCCCAAGGAAAAGCAAUUUGCUAUGGGACAGGAGGUGUUUGGUCUUCUGCCUGGAUUGAUGAUGUAUGCAACUAUUUGGCUUCGUGAACACAAUCGGGUAUGUGACGUGCUAAAAAAGGAGCAUCCCACUUGGGGUGAUGAGCAACUAUUUCAAACAACAAGACUCAUUCUCAUUGGUGAGACCAUAAAGAUUGUAAUAGAAGACUAUGUUCAGCAUCUCAGUGGAUAUUUCUUAAAAUUGAAAUUUGAUCCAGAAUUGCUAUUUGGGGUACAGUUUCAGUACCGUAACCGGAUUGCUGUUGAGUUCAACCAGCUAUAUCACUGGCAUCCAUUGAUGCCAGACAACUUUAAUAUUAUGGGAAAGGAAUAUGACUACAGCAACUUCCUGUACAACUCUUCAAUCCUUACAGACUACGGAGUUGAAGCUCUAGUGGAAUCCUUCACAAAGCAGAUAGCAGGAAAGAUUGGAGGUGGAUACAACCUUCACCCACGUCUCCUGCAUAUAGCUGUUGGGGUAAUUGAAGAGUCCCGAAAACUUAGAUUACAAUCUUUCAAUGAGUACAGGAAAAGAUUUGGCCUAAAAGCUUAUAAGUCUUUCCAGGAUUUUACAGGAGAAGAAGACGUCGCAUCACAACUUGAAUCCCUGUAUGGUGAUAUCGAUGCCCUGGAGUUCUACCCUGGGCUUCUGUUGGAAAAAACUCACCCAAAUUCUAUUUUUGGAGAAAGUAUGAUAGAGAUAGGAGCGCCAUUUUCACUGAAAGGACUUAUGGGGAACCCAAUUUGUUCUCCAGAAUACUGGAAACCCAGCACAUUUGGUGGUGAAACUGGAUUUAAUAUUAUAAAGACUGCUUCAAUAAAGAAGCUAGUAUGUCUCAAUGUGAAAAAAUGCCCCUUCGUUGCCUUUCACGUUCCAGAGUCCGGUGGAGAAAAUCAUAUAUCUUCUGAGACAAAGAUAAGCGAUGAGCUUUAGCGGGGGCAAUUUUAUUCAGUGGGGCCAUUUGUGAUACAUUUCAUCAGGAUUAUACCAUUAAAAAAUUAUAAAUUCA